GCUUCAGCGUGCCUCCGUCUCUGAAACGCGCUCGUUAUCCAAAUAUUUGGCCUUCAUAUUUGCUUCAGAUCAGCAGCCACACUACUCAACACGCCGAUUGCUGUGAAGUUUGAUUUUCUCAAGAUUCAGUGAAGGGUAAAGUAUCCCAACUCGGCUGUGUUUUUUAAAGUUGUUGUUUGGAAGUUCAUUUUCCUAGAAAACAUCUGAGAAAAUCUCGAAAAUGGAAGGGUUGUCACAGUUUAAUAUAUUCUCCCCUCAGAGACGGUUGCAACCCUUACUUUUCCAUCAGAAAACACUUCCAAUGGUGAAAAUAGCAACUGGGUUUUCCACAAUUCGAAGGAAUUGUGGCAAUAUAGAGAAGAAUGAUACUGUUGAUGUCAGGAGUGUAGAUAGUAAUGAUAAACAAAAAUCUGAAAUGGACUGGGAAUUGGAAUUUCUAGGAGAGCUUGACCCUCUGGGUUUUCAAGCCCCUAAGAAGAGGAAAAAGAGAGAGCGGGGUUCGAAAUUGCUGGAAGACACUGAUGGGAUGGAUUGGUGUGUGAAGGCCAGGAAGAUGGCAUUGAAAUCCAUUGAGGCAAGAGGAUUGACACGAACCAUGGAAGAUUUGAUUACGGUGAAGAAGAAAAAGAAUAAUAAGAAAAAAUUGGGGAAAAAAGACAAGAUUAGUAAGAAAAGUAAGGUGCCAGAAGAAGAAGACGACUCGGAUGAAGAUAUUGAAUUGAAAGGGGUGAACCCUCUUGAUGGUGCUGAUCAUCUCAGGAAGACAGUGAGUAUGGUGGCAGGUGGGAUGUUUGAGGAAAAGAAGGAGAAAACAAUGCAAGCUUUUGUUCAAAGGCUAUCACAGUUUUCAGGGCCGUCUGAUAGGAGGAAAGAGAUCAACUUGAACAAAGCAAUUGUAGAAGCGCAGACUGCAGAAGAAGUACUUGAGGUUGCAGCUGAAACUAUCAUGGCCGUGGGGAAGGGCUUGAGUCCGUCUCCUCUCUCUCCUUUGAAUAUUGCCACUGCCCUCCACCGAAUCGCUAAGAACAUGGAGAAGGUUUCAAUGAUGACAAGUCGGAGGUUGGCCUUUGCCCGUCAGAAAGAGAUGUCAAUGCUCGUGGGUAUUGCCAUGACAGCCUUACCAGAGUGCUCAGCUCAAGGUAUCUCUAAUAUUUCUUGGGCACUGUCCAAGAUUGGGGGUGAGCUUCUAUAUUUGUCAGAAAUGGAUAGAGUUGCAGAGGUGGCCCUGACCAAGGUUGAGCAAUUCAAUUCUCAGAAUGUUGCUAAUGUAGCAGGCGCUUUUGCCUCAAUGCGGCAUUCUGCUCCUGAUCUCUUCUCAGAAUUAUCGGAAAGGGCAUCCAAUAUAGUUCACACUUUCCAGGAGCAAGAGCUUGCUCAGGUGUUGUGGGCUUUUGCUUCUUUAAAUGAGCCAGCUGGCCCUUUGCUUGAAUCUCUAGAUAAUGUUUUCAAUGAUGAAAACCAAUUUAAAUGCUGCUUAGAUCAAGAAACGUUGAAGUACAAUGAAGAAAGUGUUGUGGAAAACAAUGGAGAUCUAGCAAUGGAAGAGAUUUCGGGCUCUCCUGCACUCAAUUUCAAAAGGGAUCAGCUUGGGAAUAUAGCUUGGUCUUAUGCUGUUCUUGGGCAAAUGGACAGGGUUUUCUUUUCUCAUGUUUGGAAAACUCUAAGCCAUUUUGAGGAGCAAAGGAUUUCAGAGCAGUAUAGGGAGGAUAUCAUGUUUGCAUCUCAGGUUCAUCUAGUGAACCAGUGCUUGAAGCUUGAAUAUCCACAUCUUCGGUUAUCCCUGAGGAGUGACCUUGAGGAGAAAGUUGCCCGAGCAGGAAAGACGAAGAGGUUUAAUCAGAAAAUGACUUCAUCCUUCCAGAAGGAGGUAGCUCGUCUUCUUGUUAGCACUGGUCUUGAUUGGGUCAGAGAAUAUGUUGUUGAUGGGUACACACUGGAUGCUGUAUUGGUUGAUCAGAAGGUUGCCUUAGAGAUUGAUGGACCUACUCAUUUUUCAAGGAAUUCUGGGGUCCCAUUGGGGCAUACCAUGCUAAAACGCCGUUACGUUACUGCUGCCGGUUGGAAGCUUGCAUCUGUGUCUCACCAAGAGUGGGAGGAACUUCAAGGUGGGUUUGAGCAGCUUGACUACCUAAGGGAGAUUCUAAAAGAUCACAUAGGUGAAGGCAGUGCCAACAUUGUACAAAUAGCAUGAGAAUCAAGGGAUGGAGUGAAGAUAGGUGGGGAGGAGGGAUUAAGGGUGUUGGGUAAAGACUAAAGAGGGGUUCAACAUCAGGAACAAGCUUUCUUAGUGCUACUUUUAUUUUGCCCUUUAAUUAUGUCUGAGUGCAAAUGAUUCUUGGAGGAUCUGCAUGAUGAUAUCAUUUAAACUAGAGAAAUAUAUAAAUUUAUUUUUCCCUUCUGUUAUGAAAAA